CACAUGUUCAGAAUCCAGUAUCAGAUGCAUGGUUUUUAAACAUGUCGCAUUAUAACUUCAAGAAAAUAACAGUUGUUCCUUCGGGGAAGGACUUUGUGGAUAUCGUGCUAUCACGAACCCAGCGGAAAACACCAACUGUUGUACACAAGCAUUAUAAGAUUAAUCGAAUACGACAGUUUUACAUGCGAAAAGUGAAAUUUACACAGCAAAAUUUUCAUGAUAAACUAUCAGAUGUUUUAAAUGAAUUUCCAAAAUUAGAGGAUAUUCAUCCUUUCUAUGCUGAUCUUAUGAAUGUUUUAUAUGAUAAAGAUCAUUAUAAACUUGCCCUCGGACAGAUCAAUACAGCCAGACAUCUCAUAGACAAUGUUUCUAAAGAUUAUGUCAGAUUAAUGAAAUAUGCUGAUACAUUGUAUCGAUGUAAGCAGUUGAAAAAAGCAGCUUUAGGGAGGAUGUGCACAGUUAUGAAACGACAGAAUCAGAGUCUGGAGUAUUUAGAGCAAGUUAGACAGCAUCUAUCGCGAUUACCAUCAAUUGAUCCGAACACAAGAACUUUACUUAUAUGUGGAUUUCCAAAUGUUGGAAAAUCAAGUUUCAUCAAUAAGAUCACUAGAGCGGACGUAGAAGUGCAACCAUAUGCAUUCACAACAAAGUCAUUAUUUGUUGGUCAUACCGAUUAUAAAUACCUGAGAUGGCAAGUGGUAGAUACACCUGGAAUAUUAGACCAUUCAUUGGAGGAAAGGAAUACCAUUGAAAUGCAGGCGAUAACUGCUUUAGCGCAUCUUAGAGCCGCUGUUCUGUACAUAAUGGACACGAGUGAACAAUGCGGUCAUACUAUAGAAGAACAGGUUGAUUUAUUCAAGAAUAUCCAGCCAUUGUUUGCUAACAAACCUCUUCUUAUAAUACUCAACAAAAUUGAUGUUGUAAAGCCCGAAGAACUUGGAGACGAUGAAAAGAAAUUAUUAUCCGACUUCCAGACUGAGGGAAUACCAGUAUUACCAAUGAGUACCGUGACAGAAGAAGGUGUCAUUGAUGUGAAAACAGAGGCGUGUGAUAGGCUGCUAGCUCAGAGAGUGGAUACAAAGAUAAAAGGAAAAAAAGUCAAUGAUGUGUUGAAUAGACUACAUCUCGCUGUUCCUCAACAAAGGGAUCAGAAAACGAGGCCACCAUGUAUACCAGAAGGCGUACAGAAGAAGAAAUCUGCCAUGCAGAUUGAGGGCAGACGUAAGAAGUUAGAACGUGAUAUUGAGAUAGAGGAAGAAGACUUGUACGUCUUGGAUUUGAAUAAACAUUACUUGAUUCCAGAGGAUGAGAAAUAUGACGUUAUUCCCGAAUUGUGGGAGGGCAAGAAUUUGGCAGAUUAUAUCGAUCCAGAAAUUGAAAAAAAAUUGGAAGAACUAGAGAAGGAAGAAUUGCUAAGAGAAGGAGCGGGCGAGUAUGACGAAGAUAUGUCAUCAGAUGAUGAAGAAAUGAGAGAAAUCAGAAAAAUUGCAUCAAAAAUCCGUAACAAAAGGAAGAUAGUUAUGAUGGAAUCAAAGGAGAAAAGAAAAGUGGAGAAACCUGUUUUACCCAGAACUGCUAUCAAGGGUAAACGAAGUCGCUUUGAACGAGAAAUGGGAGAACUUGGUGUUGAACCUAAUCCUGGGGGUCAUUUCACUCGCAGUAGAUCACGAAGUAAAACUCCAGUUGCCAAGAAGCGCCAACGUACAGACUCUCUUGGUAGGGCCCGUAGCAGUUCUCGAACACCACGUGAUCUGUCAGGAGUACGUGAUGAGACGAUGUUCAACAAAACUAAGAAAAUGGGGAAACUAUCACAGAGGAAUCGCAACAGAUUUGGUAAAGCCGGAGAAGCCGACAGAGUUAUUACAACAAAGAUGCCUAAACAUUUGUUUGCUGGCAAGCGAAAGGGUGGUAAAACUGACAGGCGCUAACAAUCAGCCCACAAAUCCUCAAUUGCUAAAGUAUUAUACAGAGACAAUAUUUGAUUUUGAAGUCUAUAUAUUUCAAUUUCAUGCUAUUUUAUUUUACUGAUAUGCACAUUAAUGUCAUGGCUUUCCUUGGUUGGAUAUAGCUGUCCUUCCGUAUAUGGUUGUGUAUUUCCAUAUAUGGUUGUGCCUUUCCCCAUAUAUAUAUUUAUGUACUUCUAUAUAUGGUAUGUUGAUCAGCUGGGGAUAAAUUCUAUCUUGGGUAAUCCAAGAUAAAUUAUUGGUUAUAUUAUUUUAUUUGAUUAUUAUUUUACUUCUGUCAUAAUAUUCUGGUUGCAAUAAAUUAGCAUUGUCACAAA